CCAUAAAAUCCCCCUCUUCCUCCUCUGUCAAAACAACCCCUCCGAUCAAAUCCUCCUCCUUCCGCCAUGGUUUCCGGCGACGAUCAACAGAGCCUCGUUCACAGCUUCAGAAUCUCCUCCGUCGGUCCCGGCCAUUCUAUCGGAUCCGACAGCGCCUAUCACCUGACCGGCCUCGAUUUGGCGAUGAAGCUCCAUUACAUCAACGGAAUCUACUUCUUCGAUUCCGAGGCCAGCCAGACGGUGACGGUGUCGCAGAUUAAGGCCGCGACGUUUACUCUCUUCAAUGAAUACUACGUCACCUGCGGUCGACUCAGGCGAGCGGAUUCCGGCCGGCCGUUCAUAAAGUGUAAUGACUGUGGCGCUAGGUUUAUUGAGGCGGAGUGUGAUAGUACGGUGGCGGAAUGGCUGAAGAUGAUCGGAGAUGAUUGGUCGGCGAUGAAAUUGCUGGUUUCGCAGAAGGUUAUCGGACCUGAAUUGCACUUUUCUCCUCCCAUUUAUAUGCAGGUAACGAGAUUCAAAUGCAAAGGAAUGUCAAUUGGGCUGAGCUGGCCACUUCCUCGCGACGCCUUCUCCGCCGCCGCGUUCAUGAACUCUCUCACCAAUAUCAUCUUCGGCGCUCGCUGCGCUACCGCCGUCACACCCCCGCCACAACCCGUCCUUGGCACCAUCACAACCACUCCACCGCCCAAACCUCCAGUCAACACCACCGCCAAACCCCCACUUUCCCUUCGGCGAGUUGACCCAGUCGGGGACCACUGGAUCCCCACCAACAAGUACAAAAUGGAAUCAUUUUCCUUCAAAUUAAACGCGACCCAAUUGGCCAAAUUACAAACCCAAAUGCCCCACCAAACCCCACCUUUCGAAUCCAUCUGCGCCGCUCUAUGGCAGUCAAUAGCCAAGCUCAGGCGAGGCUCCGAACCCACGACGGUGACUCUCUGCAAACUUGACCCAAUUAAACAACAGGGGAAAAUAAUUGGGAACACCCAAAAGAUCAGCACAGUCAAAUCCGCCGCCGCCGCCAUCUCCAACGUCGACCGGAGGGAUACUGCAGCGCUGCUGGUAGCUAGCGGGGUGGAGGAAGAAGGGGAGCUCAUAGAAGAGGCUGUGGAUAGGGACGAUGGAGUGAGUGAUUUCAUUGUUUAUGGGGCGAAUCUGACAUUUGUGAAAUGGGAUGAAGCUGAUUUGUAUGGAAAUGGGAUUAUGGAAUUGGAUUUUGGGAGACCCAAAUUUGUGCAUUACACCUUGCACGGCAUCGGAGACGGUGGAGUGGUGGUGGUCGUUCCCGGACCAGCAGAUGAUGGGGUCGGUGGCCAUGACGACGACGACCGCGGGAGGUAUGUGACUGUGAUUCUGCCGGAGAAUGAAGUGGUGGGGCUGAAGGCUGAGUUGAUGGCCAAUGGAAUGUUCCUGGAGAAACAUAAGGAAUGAGCCAAUGAGAUGUUUGUGGAUAAAGUUAAAAGAUUUUUUUUUUUUUUUGGUCAAAGCUAAGAACAUCAAAAUAGUUGUGUUUUUCGCUCUGUUGUGUGUACUAAGAGCCAAAUGAGAAUAGUGAAAAUACCUAGAAAGAAUAAUACUCAUCGAUGUAGCGAUGAGUAGGAAUUCGAGCUUGGUAGCUUUAUGAUAUGGUGUUUUUUUUAGCAAGUAAGGUAAUUUCAAUAGUACGUCUAAUUGAUACAAAUCGAUAAAAAUGUACCUUAUUGAAAAGUGCUUAGAAACUUGGUGAAGAAAUGAGUUAGAAAUUUAUUUAAGAUUGCAUGGGAAAUUUCAUACUUAAA